AUGUUUGAUGCAGCCAGUACCUGGGAUAGGAUUCUCAAGCAAAAGCACCCCGUUCAUCAAACAGUGUGUCCGGAGAAGCAAUGGACAUACGAGUACAGCAAAGACCCAACUGCGGCGGAUGAGGCCAGCAAUGCUUGCGCUGAGGGGGAUAGCAGAAGCACAGGAGAAGCUGCCGCCCGCGAUAGCUCAUAUGGACCUGUUUCGCAUGGAGUAAUUGAUGUUGUGGAAAGACGCCGAAGCGGACAACGCCUCACGCGUUCGAUGCAUGUCCAAACCAUCUCCUCAGCAUCCUGGAACUGCCAAUCAGCACCCCGACCUGGCGCAAGUGGCCUGGAGCAGCUGAAUCAAAGCCGUCCCUCAGAGCACGCAGCCAAUCUGCCUAAUAUCGCAAUGGGGGAAGCCCGCCAAGAGGAGGCUGGAGAGACCUCACCUCCACCCAAAACCUGGAAAGCCCGCCGUGACUCUGACUUGAUAUCUCCUCCGCAUCUCCCUCUCCCUCCUUCAUCUUCACUGCUAGCAAGCCAUUGCAUUACCAAGACAAGGUCAGUAAGCGCCAACAGCUCGUGCAUCAACGCAGCUCCGUCCAACCUCAAACCAACCCUCCCCCCAGCUCCGCCAGUCGAAACUUGUUCGCGACGCUGA